AUGUCUGUCAUCGCGACGGAACUUCUUCGUUCGUUCCCCGUAUCGCUGCUCUUAUCGGGGUUGUUUGCAAUGGGUCUGCUCUCGUGGCUACGCCCGAGCGGGCGGAUCUCGUUCUUCCACGCUAAGGACAAUAAGCUUCUUCUGACCAAAGUAGCUGGAAAGAACGGGGCGAAGGAGCAGACUACCUUGGUGGAUGUCUGCCGGGAUGCGACCCCAGAGACAUGCCACCUCAACCCUUUCCUUUUCAAUGGUCAUCUGCAGACCGCCUGGACGGUAAUGAAGCAUGAUAAUGUCCCUGUCUACUAUAAACGCAAGAUUUUUGAGUCGGAAUCUCCCAUGUUUGCAGGACAUUUUGCCAUAGAUUUCGUGGUCAAGCCUUAUGACAUGCCUCCGGAGGGAGAACUUACUGACCAGGCUCGGAAACACACUCAGCCUGACGGUCUGCCACCUCGCACUUCGUUCUAUUCCCCGGGGGAGCUGUCUGCUCUUCCUUCAGAUGAUACCAAGCCUAUGCUUGUCGUUCUGCACGGUCUGAGCGGUGGUUCUCACGAAGUCUACUUGCGCCAUGUCCUUGCUCCUCUCAUUAAGGAUAGUCUUUGGGAAGCAUGCGUCGUCAACUCGAGAGGAUGUGCACAGACAAAGAUCAGCACUGGAGUUUUGUACAACGCCCGUGCGACUUGGGAUGUUCGUGAGGCUGUGAAAUGGAUUAGGCAGACCUUCCCCAACCGACCUCUGUUUGGUAUUGGAUUCUCCCUUGGCGCCAAUAUUCUUGCCAACUAUCUCGGUGAAGAAGGCGACCACUGCCAGCUGAAGGCUGCGGUACUCUGCGCCAGUCCUUGGAACCUGGACGUUAGCAACUCUAAUUUGCAACGCACUUGGUUGGGCAAGGAAGUGUAUAGCAAGACCAUGGGCUCCAGCAUGAAGAAGCUUUUCGAAGCACAUGUCGACCAAGUGUCCAAAAAUCCACGCAUCGAUGUUGACGCCGUGCGGAGUGUCAGCUAUUUGCACGAGUUUGACCGCGCGCUGCAAUGCCCAGCAUGGGGAUCCCCCGCCGAAGGCGCAUACUAUCGCGAUGCUGCAUCCACCGACGCCAUGCUAGCCAUCCGCAUCCCCUUCCUCAGCGUUCAAGCCGAGGAUGACCCGAUUGCAUGCCGUGACGCCCUGCCGUUCCAAGAAAUGACUCAAACGCCGUACGGCGUAAUGCUCACUACAUCCUGGGGCGGUCACCUCGGCUGGUUCGAAUUCGGAGGUGACAGAUGGUUCGUUAAGCCAGUGGCCAAUUUCCUCAACAAGAUGGCCCGGGAAAUUGACAUCAGCAUUCCUGGCAUUGUGGAGCAUCCUGAGAAACUGCCCGGACAUAUUGCUCACCACGAUGGCUUAGGCAAGGACCUUGAUUUGGCUCCUAAGCCUGAGUUCAAUCCCGUGCGUCGCAAGCUGGAUAUGAAGCUGCCCCAGUGA